AUGACAUGACAUUUGUACAAAAAUCAACCUAGAAAUGUCAUCGAAUCAGGAAAUUCUCGACCAAGUCUACAAGCAAGAAGAAACCGACAACUUCAUCUACUCAAUCAGAGAGGAACUGAUGGACAGGGUAAUGAAAGAAUGCUACGACAUCUACAUAAAGAAACAAACGAUCAGAUUCGUGGUUCAGUGUGCUUACGAUGCGUUGGUUAAGUUCAUUUCCAUUUCCUGCUACUACCACUAUCCUGUUCCGAACAUUAAAACUUCAAGCUGGACAUCGGAUGUACCUAUUGAACCAUCACCCAAAGAUACCUGGGCUAUUGGUGCCGUUCCUGUCAGGCCUUUUGAUGUUGGAGAAGGAAACAGUGAAGAUAGAGCACGUGACAAGACUGACAAUCUUGAAGAAAGAUCAUUUUCUUGUUAUUGCCCUAAAAAUUUAAGGUGUAUGUGUACUCACAGAGAAGAGGAAGUGUUUGAUAUAUUGAACAGAGAGUACCAAGAAUCCAAAGACCAGCUCAGUGCGUCAAGUAUGUCACACGAGCACCCAAUAAACGUUACUCUUGAAUCGGCCAGCAAAAAGUCCUUUACCAUGACCAAGCAAUCGGUAGUGGAUUUUGAUCAGAGUGCUAGAAGGGCAAAUCGUUCAGAUACAUUGACAACUACUGUUACCAAGGAGAGUUCUCCAGGUACUCAGAGCGACAGUGUGAGCGAUGUGAAGCGACGCAAGAAGAAGAAGGAUAAGGUACAGGUGAAGGAUGUGAAACAGGAAGUACCUGAUCCGGUGGUGAGAGGUUCGAAGUUGAGUUUGGUCAAGUUGCCUCCAUUGAGGAUCAAUACGAAGGUUCAGAGUAAGCCUGAUGAUAAAAAGAAGAAGAAAUUUUAAUGGUUUUAUCUUUUUUUAUUUUGUUAUUUGA